CCUCUAGCUGCUUAUAACUUCAUGAUAGCUCUCAGAAGUUAUAUAACCAUUCUACGAAGUAAAUUUAAAAAUUGCAACGUCGGAUGAUAUUGUGAGCUUAUUUUCAAAUGAACUUGAUUCGUAAUUAUCUGUUACUUAGGGCUCGACAUUGGCUAUUCAAGACGUGUUGAUCAAAUGAAUGACAACCUCCUAGGAUUGAGAUAUGGAGGAAUUGAAGAUUUGAAUGGUACAGAUGGUGGUAAGCAGAUAGAUGCAUUUCCAUCAAAGAACGUAGAGCAACAUGAGCAAUGAAAAUUCUAUAAUCUAUAAGAACAUCUAGCCGAUAAAUUUGUAAUUGCCGAGCGGCGAAGACAGAAGAAUAAUUGUAA